UGCCAUGUAGAGAGAGAAAGUGCUAGAGAGAGAGUUCAAUAUUUUCAAUUAAAUAAAUUCUCACACUUUCUUUCUUUCUCUGUCACUCUUCUCUUUACUUCUACACACAAGGUCACUCCUGUGACCUCUGUUUCCAAAGGAAACCCUUGUUUCCCCUUCUUCUCUUCCCCUUUCCUUAAACCCUCUCUUCCAAAUUCCAUCUCAUAAUUCAUUUUCCUUCCAUUUUUAAUCUCUUUUCCUUCUCUUUACUUUUCAAUCUUCAAAACUAGCUUGUUUGAUUCACUAAACUCACAAAUUUAAACACAAAUAGCCACUAAAUACUCAUUUAUGUUACACCAAUUUCAAUCUCAUCCACACAAAAACAAGAUUUCCAAGUAACCCAACCCCUUUUCAAACACAAACCUAAGACUAAGAAUCUCUCUCUUGUCAGUUACAAAACAAACCAUGAUGAUUCCUUCUCAUUGUCUCAUCUUCUCUCUCAUUUUUGUUUCUAUUUUAGCCAAUGAAGCAACCUUGCUCCAUGAAGCAAAUGGGUCAUUCCCAAUGGUACCUGUGAUGGAAGAUGGGAAGAUGGAGAAGAUGAUGAUGAUGAUGAAUGAUAGCAGAAGGAAACUUGGAAGUUUCAGGAUAUGUGCUCUCUGUACAUGCUGUGGUGGAGCUAAAGGUGUUUGCAUACCUUCUCCUUGUUGCUAUGCCAUCAAUUGCAACAUUCCUAAUAAGCCUUUUGGUUUCUGUUCUUUUGCUCCUAAGUACUGUAAUUGCUUUGGAUGCCAUCUUUAAUUCCCUUCUUAGCUUGUUUGAUUCCCUUAUUAUAUAUUGUUAUAAUAACAGUAAUUGAAAUUGAGGAUUGAUUAUUACUAUUAUUAUUAUUAAUAUUAUUAUCUUAAUUAAUUA